UCCAAGCUUACCACUAAUCAAUCCCAUUAUAUAAACUUCCCAUCUCUGUCAGUCGUAGCUUUCCCUUCCGUUUCCCAAUAAUUGCCAUUUGCCAGAGAAGAAGAAGAAGAAGCAAAGUUGAAAGAAUCCAAAGGGCCAUCUCUUCUUCUGGGCGUUGCUUCAGGAAGUUGAUGCCUUUGGAAUUUGAUUUCAGGAUUGAGAGCGAGAGGGUUAGAGUAAUAUAACAGAAAUAAACAUUUUCUCACGGGAAGGGCUCUCUGGUUUUCUUUCCUGUAAUCAAUUUUCCAUCGGAUUUUGCUGAAUUGAUUUUACAUUCCCGGGAAAAUCCUUGCAGUAGAUCUGAUAUUGCUUUCUGGGUAUUUCCUGUAUUGCAUGCAUGGGAGCAGUGGCUGUCUAGCAUGCCAUGGUAAGACCACACUGAAAAAUUCAGUGAAUGAGCCACCAAAAGGAUUAUUAAACGAAAGUCGGACAAUAAAUAAACCAAGCAUAUCAGAGGACUUCUGGACCACCAGCACGUGGGAUAUGGACAACAGUGCAGUUCAGUCGCAGGGAAGCAUGUCAUCAAUCAGCACAAACCAGACGCUUGAUCCGCAUGGUGGCUCUGGCAGCAAUACCACCCCUUCUGAGUUUGUAAAUCAUGGUCUUCUUCUCUGGAACCAAACUAGGCAGCGUUGGGUAGGGAAUAAAAAGUCUCAGAGCCCAGCAAAGCAAAUUCGAGAACCCAAAUUAAGCACUCAUUGUCUCAGCAUGGUUAAAUCGUUCUGCCUUUGCAGUUGGAAUGCGUCGUAUGAAAGUUUACUUGGGAGUAACAAGCCUUUCCCUCAGCCUAUUCCUCUUCCUGAAAUGGUAGAUUUUCUUGUUGAUGUUUGGGAGCAAGAGGGGUUGUACGAUUGAGCAGCCGAGGUACUAGAGAUUUUUAAGUUGGCUAGUUACGGAAGUUGAUCCAAGUAUUUGUGACAUUUUUACUGCCUCCUAGCAACUAGGAAGCGAUAGCAUGGCGUGUACAUUGACUAUAACAUCAUUUUUUGCUUGCUUCUCCUUGGAUUUUAACUCCCAGGGCCUUUUAGAUGUGCCCUUGUACUGCAUUCAAACUGAUUUAUAGGAUUGGUUUCUGCCACCAUUCACGGUGGGCGGUUUUGCAAAAUUCUCAA